AUGAACGGAGAAGAUCCGCCUGAGAGGCCCAACGAGAUCUCGUCCAUCAUCAACGGACUCGAACGAUACAACCCCGAGGCUGUCGGCGCUCUUGAGACCUAUCUCCAAGACCAAUGCGAGCAGAAAUUCACUGACUGCAAUGCCAACCGAACACUGCUGAAACUAUACCAGCUCAACCCCGACCGUAUCAAGGAUGAGGUGAUCACCAACGUCUUGGUCAAGACAAUGACCCAGUUCCCCUCCGCACAGUUCUCUCUCGCUCUCCACCUUAUCAACCCCUCCGCUGCUGUCACUGGCGACCUCGGCGAAGCUAUCACCAAGCUCCGAUCCCUCAACGGUCAACUCGAGGGUGCUCAGUACUCCCGUUUCUGGGCCGAUCUCGACGAUGAUAUGGUUGCCGAUUUGAUUGCCGACAUUCCUGAUUUUGAGGAAGUCGUUCGACACCGCAUCGCCCUUCUCGUCUCACAGGCCUUCCGUGAGCUUCAGAUCACCCAUCUCGAGUCAUGGCUCGGUCUCAAUGAGGACGCCACCAAGAAGUUCGUUACCGAGGUCUGCGGUUGGACUGUCGAGAGCGACGGCAACGUCAAGGUUCCCUCAAACCCCGACAAUGAGGCCAAGAAGGCUGAGAUCCGUGAGGACGUCAACGUCGAGCAGUUCUCCAGGGUAAUCCGACGGUCGUGGGAGGACACUGUUUGA